AUGCAGUCGGACGAUCUCUUCGUUCGCAAGAUGCGACGCCACUCGAACCGUCCACCGCUCACCUCCUUCUCGUUCGACAAUUUCCGGACCCCCAAGCCCCAGGCGUGCGAGGGCCCGCUCGUGGGCCACUGUGGCCCGCCACUGAGGUCGCCACAGUGCAGCAGCCUCAUGCAUCGCAGCAACAGUGACGUGACCCUGAGCGAAGGGGAGCUGACAACCGCUGCAGGCACUCCCAGCUCCCCGUUACCGCUGGCUGCAGCAUCUGGGACGGGAUUCCAGCGAAAUAGCAGCAGCCCCAGCAUGCCCUCAAAGAGCAUGGCGCCCCCUCGAGCCCGGGCACACAGCCACGAAGAGUCACGGGUGGGCAGUCCCACCGCGCGUCGUUUCCGUGAUCCUCUGGUCCUGCUGGGACUGGCAUCCUCGGAUGUCUGGGAAUCGGACGGGGGUGGCACCCCGUCAGCGGAGACCAGCGUAUCGCUUCCCGCAUCGGAGGUGGCCACGCCGGUGUGGGGCCGCCACUUGGCCCAUUAUGACGUUCAGAGUAUCCUCUUUGAGCCAGGCGAGGGGGCCCGGGAAGCUGCGAGGCAGGGCAACGUCACCACGGGUGCCUCGGCGGCUUCACAGUGCCGUACGGCGGACGUGACCCCGAUUCUGGAGGACGGGGCAGAAGAGGAGGAAGGAGGCACGCUGGUGCUCAGGUGUUCCGCCUUUCGGGUGGAAGCCGGAGGAGAGGUCGAACGGGGACUAGGCCAACACCGGGGGUUGCCGGCGGGCUUCCACUGCCCAAACAUGGCCGUUUCGGUGCUGGAGGAACCCCGCGAAAGUUACGGACAGAGGAGUAGCCGAGUGAUACACACCAUCGAAUAUGCCGAUCUCGGAGCCUGUUACUACCGGAAGCAUUUUUACGGCAAAG